UGACAAAAUACAUCAUUCAGACGUGGAUCGUAGUCAUUAUUAGCUUCAUACACCGACAAGUGUUUAAAUAGCCUAUCGAUUACCGUCUGUUUAUUUUAUUUUAUUUUUUUAUUGUCUAGAUAUGUGCACGAGCUCAGCCUAAUAGGCUAUUUCAACCUAACGCGGUGUUAAGUGGUUACUGGAGCCCAUAGACAUCUACAACGUAAAUGCGCCAUCCAUCUUGAGAUAUAAGUUCUAAGGUCUCAGUAUAGUUACAACGGCUGCCCCACCCUUUCAAACCGAAACGCAUUACUGCUUCACGGCAGAAAUAGGUGGGGUGGUGGUACCUACCCGUGCGGACACACAAGAGGUCCUACCACCAGUAACAAGUAGACAAUUCCAGUGUUGUGGAAUUGUCAAAAUAUAGUAGUGCCUUAAACACUUCUCCCCCCCCGCAUUAACAAGCACGAUCAUUCAAUAUAAACCGGUGUUUAAUUAACGAAUGGAAUCGUAAUCGUAAAUUUGAUCCGCGAUGUGUUACCCAUAUCACACCAAUACACGGUUACAGUAUAUGUAUUGCAGAGCGCGGCCGGCUAGUUCAUCACAUUCAGUGCUUCGCCAUUCACGUUCAUAAGACGCGACAUGUGCACAUCGAAAUAUCGUCAAACAAUAACUCGACAAUUUCAAUAACUUAAAAAAAAACCGUGCUUAUUGUUCUUGCAAUUGUAUUUUACAAUUUAGUAAAAUAAUCUACAUUCAAUAUAAUUUCGUGCAAUUUGAAUUUAAUGCAAUUUAGUGCUUGUGUUUCUUCAGUGUUAUAAUGAGUGCCCAGGACAGAUACAGAUAUAAGGGUGACGACGAUGGCUUUGGACGGAAGAGUUCCACAGUGUGGACAGUCAGCAAGCCCAGUAAUGAUGAAAGGCAUUACCCGUAUAACGAAGCUAUUAAUUUGGCUGGUAACGGAAGGUACAGCAUCGGUCUAAUGGCAACGUUGAGUAUGGCGGCUUUGGCCAUGGCCAUCGACAUGUUCGGCUUCUCCGUCAUCGUGACAGGAGCCACCUGUGACUUCCAGUUGGACCUGAGUCAGACCAACAUUUUACUGUCUAUGCCAUUUGUCGGUCCAAUAGCAAUGGCGUAUCCAUGGGGCUACAUAGCGGAUACCAAGGGUCGGAAAACCAGCCUGCUGAUAGCCAUGUGGGGUAGUUUUAUCGUCUCCGUUGCCAGUGCCUUUGCCCCGAACUGGGUAUUCAUGGCUGUUAUGAAGUUCAUCAGUACAAGCUUCUGCAGUUGUGCUCAAUCAGUGACGUAUACACUCCUCGGUGAGAGCUCAUCGGAAACAUUUCGAGACUCAUACAUGCUCAUCAUGACAAGUGUGUUGGACUUCAGUUUAGCUGUUUACGUUGUUGCCGCCUAUUUCAUUCUAAAUCUCCCAUUCAGCUUGAACUUUGGCUUCAUAACGUUUACGCCAUGGCGUCUCUUGACUCUCGUCCUAGCGUUGCCUCUGGGCAUCAGCGCUAUGGGGAUGCAUUUCUUCUACGAAAGUCCCAAGUUCCUUGUCAACGCUGGCAGAACAGAGGAGGCAAUUGAAGUCCUAAAGAACAUUUGGUACAGGAAUGGAGGCUACGGUGGCAAGUAUGCUGUCAAAAAGAUAUUCUUAGAAGAAGAGGGAAAUGAAAAACACAAAGAUCAAUCCUUACUCCAGUCUCUAUGGGAUCAGAUAGUACCUAUCUUCAAGCCUCCACUUUUGACGCGGAGUAUACAAUUGUAUUUCCUGACCGCUGUUAUUUAUAGCACGAACAACAGCUACUUCAUGUGGUUCCCAUUCCUGGCUGAGAAAUUCACAUCAGGUCUCACUUCCAACACUACUGAUGUGGAGCAAAUCGAUGGACUAUGCAACACCAUUGUCAGUGUGGCGGCAAAUGUUACAGUGCAUGCGAAAUGCUCAACAGCAAUGGAGGUGAGUCUAGUCUGGGCCAGCCUAGCCGAGGGAGUCUCCUUUGUGAUCGUGCUGUUGGCUAUAACCAAGUUCGCCCGGAGGAAGAAACUGCUGCUCACCAUUAUUCUGGUGGUCUCCUGCUUCUCAGCCAUCGGAGCUGUCACUGUGAUGGAAAAUAUGAUCAGUUUCAUCCUGUUCUUCGGCUUACUGUUGAACGAGCUGUGCAUAGGAUUCAUAUUCUCAUAUUUUGUUGAUUUGUAUCCUACUUCUUAUCGUGGCAUGGCGGCGUGUCUGGGGGUGAUGGUGGCGAGGGCCAGCGCUCUGGGCGGAGUCAAUAUAUUAGGAGCCUUCAUGUUGUCACACUGCUCCAUAACAUUCUACGGUUGUGCCGCUAUGCUGUUUUGUGCCAUUUUAGUCACCAGCAUGCUGCCUCCAGACAAGAGAAAGAAAGAAAUAGGGCUGUGAAGAGAUUCAGUGGUAAUUAAUUAUGUUGCGCGCUUUGAAGCUAGUCGGAUCGACAUUAUUGUGUAUACUACGUUAGGAUAGUGAUAAUUAGAUUAGUUUUAGUUACUAAAAGUUAUUAAAGUAUAUUUUUUCUA